AUGAAAUUAGGAUAUAAUGAAAUAAUGAUAACAUCAAUGUAUUUUAAUGAUAUUAAUGAUUUUAUUAAUUUAGAAAUAGGAGUUAAAAGAUUUCAAGGAAAUAUUGAACGAUUUCAUUUUAAUCCAAUUCCUUUAAAUGAAUAUUCAAGAAAAUUGUUUCCUAAUAUUGAAACAUUUCAUAUUUAUAAUAAAUAUGAAAAAAUAUUUAAUGAUGGAAGAAUAUUUAAACAAGCAAUAUGGUAUUUAGUAAAUUAUUCAACAUAUUUAAAAGAGAAAGAAGCAGGAAAUUCAUGUAAAAAUAUAGAAUAUACAAAAGAAGAUAGAAAUAAAUAUGGAAAUACAAUACCACCAGAAGUUAAAUCACUUAGGUGUAAUUGUUUUAGAUACUGUGAUUCAUUGACAACAAUUAAUAUACCAACAUCAAUUAGUAAAAUAGGACAUUUUUGUUUUAAUAGAUGUACAUCAUUAACAACAAUUAAUAUACCAUCAUCAAUUAAUGAAAUAGGAGAUGCAUGUUUUAGAGAUUGUUAUUCAUUAACAUCAAUUAAUAUACCAUCAUCAAUAAGUAAAAUAGGAAAUUGUUGUUUUGGUAAUUGUUCAUCAUUAACAACAAUUAAUAUACCAUCAUCAAUUAGUAAAAUAGAAAAUAGUUGUUUUUAUGGAUGUGAGUCAUUAAAAUCAAUUAAUAUAGAAAAUCUACAAUUUAUUAGUGAAGAAAGAAUAUUUAUGAAUGAACCAGUGUUAGUUAGUAUUAAAAUACCAGAUACUCUAGAAAUAAUCAAUGAAAAGAAUAUUGAAAAUAAAGAUAUUAAUGAAUUUAUUAUUCCAUCUUCAAUUACUAAAUUAUGUGAUUAUUGUUUUAAAGAAUGUUCGUCAUUAACAUCAAUUAAUAUACCAACAUCAAUUAUUAAAUUAGGAGAUAGGUGUUUUAGUGGAUGUACAUCAUUAAUAUCAAUUAAUUUACCAACAUCAAUUAAUGAAUUAGGAUGUGAUUGUUUUAGUUAUUGUUUAUUAUUAAAAUCAAUUAAUAUACCAUCAUCAAUUAAUGAAUUAGGAAAUUAUUGUUUUGCUAAUUGUUCAUCAUUAACAUCAAUUAAUAUACCAUCAUCAAUUACCAAAUUAGGAAAUUGUUGUUUUAAAGGAUGUUCAUCAUUAAAAUCAAUUAAUAUUCCAUCAUCAAUUAUGUCAUUUGGAGAUGGUUGUUUUUAUGAUUGUGGAUGUAAAGAUGAAUUAAAGAAAAAUAAAAGAAUACCAAGUUUUUGUUUUAACAAAUGGUGA